AUGAGCUCCGGGUAUUUGAAGGAUGGAAAGGAGCUUUGGUCCAAAGCGACCUCCGUUGUUGUUGAACAACUCGUUCGCGAGCGCGACAAAGCGUUUGUCAGAACGAGCGGCACCAUCCCCAAACGAGACGACAUUGUCGAUGACAUUGCGAGAGCUUCAGCCUCUGGAAUUGGCUUCUUUUCGGAAGCCGCACAUUAUCGACGAGAUCGCAAACGCCCAGAGGCCUCACAAGAACACUCGAGGUCCCCAGAACUAGGACAAGAGUCCCACUGUGAACGUGUGCAUGAAGCCAUUUGGGAUCUUGACGAGGUCGAAGUCGGUUCUGGGACACAACUUAACUUCAAUACUGGCAACACCAAAGACGGGGGCUCCAAGCCUGUGAAAGAGUCGAACGACCUAGCUACUGCGUUUCUCAACAGACAUCCUCUCAAAUCUGAUGACGGCAUUGGCACCAAAAGCGGAAUCACAAUGCCGGUUGUCUUGCCCCAAAGACGACCCAAGACAAGAGUUCGGGGGUUUGUAAGAGCCUAUGCUCCGGUUCUUGCUGCCGCGGGUAUAAACGAGGAAGCAUUCCUGAACUUCAUCGAUACCCUCAACAAGUCCUUGGUACCGAAUCCCUACCUUUAUGCCAUCAACCUCGCUGGGCUUGCCGACAUCAUUGCACCGGAUCCCGCUCUGACAGCCUUUGGGAUCUUGCUGGGUAUCGCAGUGGAAGGCGUCAUGGAAGGUCAAAGUCGCUUCAAGUCUAACAAGUUCCUAGACCAGAUGAACGCGGACUUCUUUAGGCCGCGGGGUCUCAUGUGUUUUGUUGCAACUUGGAGACCUGACGACAUUUCUGGGAAGGUGGCUGUCGACUUUGAAUGCAAGACAGCCAGUGAAAGUCCUUCCGUUGACUUCUCAAAAGGCGACAAAGUGUCUCCAGAGGCAAGCUCAUCUGAGAAUGAGAAGUUGGGCCACAUUAAGAAACUACUAGGAGAGCGGUUGAGAUCCCAUGACCACAUCCUCGAUUGGUCCGACCCAGCACCCCUCCUGUUCCCCGCAGCUAGCGAGCUUGUACUGGCACAAGGCAGAGAUGGACAAAAGAAAAAGAAUGGCCUUGAUCGGGCAGAGAUUUGGCUUGACGAUUACAUGGAUAAGAGAGCUCAAGUCGAAUGGAUAAACGAGAACCCAGAACUCUCGGCAGCCAAGGCGCUACCCAAAGCUGAAUUCAAAUCACGAUACGCUGAUCCGACUCACCCAGCCGCCAGCGGAGACGUUGUCGCCCUGGUCACUGGAGGGCGAUGGCAGUACAAGCGAAAACAGACCGUUUCUGAGGAAAGUGUCGAGUUGGAUGCAGCACAAAACAAAGACAAGACCGAAGAUGAAAAGCAGAUUGAGAUUGCAGACGCAGAGAACGGACCGUCGAAGGGCACAACGGAAUCGGGGGCACAUUUUCAACCACAGUUAAAACAAGAGCAGCAUGAUGAUGACGAGUCAAAAGAAUCAAUGGAUAACAACGAAGGUAUCUUCAUUGGGCCGCUGACACUAAGGGACGCACAGAAAGAAGAAAAGAAGAGGCGGAAAGAAGUGGAAAAGGCAGCGGAGAUCGAAAGGAAGGUGCGAGAAGAACAGGCAAGGAAAAAGAAAAAGGAAGAGAAGAAGGUUAGAGACGAAGAAAAGCGCAUGAGAUUAGAGAAUGAAAAGGCUUUGGAAAAGAAAAAGAAGGUGGAAGAGAAACGGCUUAAGAAAGCUGCUGAAGAAGAGAAGAUGGCUGGGCCGGCUGAAACUGUCGAUGACAUGAUCAAGAGUCUUUUCCAAAAGGACGUUCUGUACCUUGUAAUUGUCAAUCUUCCAUCGCAAGAGAAGAACCAUGACGAGGCUGUCGAGGAUACUUGA